AUGCGACGAUCGUUAUGGGCUCUAGCGGCCUUGCCGCUAGUUGCUCGAGCUGACGAUAUACUGCGCACGAAUGGUUAUAGCACAUGUUUUGACAGCUCCGAUAUCAAGGUCGAGAAGUUAAACAUCGAGUAUAACCGAGUCACCGGAACUGUGGACUUCGAUGUUGCUGGAACAAGUGCUAAAGAGCAGAACGUGACGGCCGCCUUGACCGUCACGGCAUACGGAGUAGAAGUAUACAAGAAAGACUUCAACCCGUGCGAGAAAGAGAACUAUGUCAAGCAACUAUGCCCAAUUCCAUCCGGCACAUUCACAGCAUCUGGCACCCAGAAUAUUCCUUCUGAAUAUGCCGAUCAGAUUCCAUCAAUAGCAUUCUCCAUACCAAACCUGGAUGGCAAGGCGAAGCUGGAGCUGAAGACAAUGGAAGGCGGACAGGAUCUGGCAUGCAUCCAGUCAACGGUUGGCAAUGGCAAAUCGUUGGACGUACCAGCGGUCCCAUACGUUGCUGCCGGCAUCGCUGGAGCUGCACUCCUUCUCUCGGGUGCCAGCGCCCUUGCAGGUGGCUCAGGUGCUGGUAGUGGAGCACCCAGCCCAACUUUCUUUGAAACUGUCGGUUGGUUCCAGUCGAUGGCCAUGAACGGCAUGCUCUCGGUCCAAUAUCCAGGCGUCUACCGAAGCUUCUCGAAGAAUUUCGGGUUCAGCACCGGUCUGGUGACCUGGGACGGGCUCCAAAGCACGAUCGACAACUUCCGCGGGAGGACGGGCGGAAACUUGACCGAGAACUCGAUCGCGUUUCUGAGGAAUGUCACGUUGGUUUAUCCAAGCGGCAAUAUGACCAAACGUGCUAUUGAGAAUGUCUUUCUCUACGCACGUGAGGUUAAUACUGAGAUCUCGGCCGCGAACACCACCAGCAACGGGACGGAAGCCGAAGACAAGCCUAUCCAUUCGGUCGAGGGUAUCCAGGCAUUCGCCGAGUCGCUCGCCAUUCCGAAAACCAAUACGUUCAUGACCGUCCUCCUGAUCUUUGCCUGCGUCAUCGGUGCCAUUACCGUUGCCAUCCUGCUCUUCAAGGUCAUCCUGGAGAUUUGGGCCCUUUUCGGAACCUUUCCAAAAAAGCUUGAAGGAUUCCGGAAGCGAUACUGGAUCACUCUUAGCAAGGCGAUUACUUCACUCAUUCUGUUGCUCUACGGUAUCUGGACGAUGUACUGCGUGUAUCAGUUUACCAGCGGCGAUUCCUGGGCCGCAAAGGUUCUCGCAGGUGUGACACUUGGAAUCUUUACACUCAUUUUGGCAUUCUUCACAUUCCGAAUCUGGCAAGUUGCACGCAAGUACAAGAAGGCCGAGGGCAACGUGUCCGGCCUUUAUGAAGACAAAAACACCUGGGUGAAGUACAACAUCUUCUACGAGAACUACAAGAAGGGUUGGUGGUGGAUGUUCAUUCCUUUGAUCAUCUACAUGUUCGUGAAAGGCUGCAUUAUUGCCGGAGCGUCGGGAAAUGGAUUGGUCCAGGCGAGUGGUCAGCUCAUCGUCGAAGCCCUGCUGCUUAUCCUCUUGCUCUGGUCGAGACCGUUUACCUUGAAGUCAAGCAAUUGGAUCAACAUCAUCAUCCAGGUUGUGAGGGUGGCUUCAGUUGUUUGCAUUCUGAUCUUCGUGGAGGAGCUUGGCGUCACUCAGACUACCCAGACAGUCACCGGCGUCGUCCUUGUCGUGGUGCAAGGUGUUCUGACUGGUGCUUUGGCCAUCCUGAUCGCUAUCAACGCCAUUGUGCUUAUGUGCAAAGCGAACCCGCACCGAAAGCAGCGCAAAGAACAAGAAAAAAUCAACCGCGACUUCGAUAACCUGACCCCUCUCGACCCCCGCAACUCUCUUCUCAUGGACCCCAACGAAGCCAAGAAGUUCAACGGAAAAACCUCCUAUGAGCCGCUCCCUGCUAGCGACACGUUCAACUUCGGCCCUGCAUUUGGCCACAGUCGGGAUGCCAGCCGGGAAGUGCUUCUCCAGGACGCUGCAAGCGUUGGGACAGGCCGAGCAGUCAGCCCACCCCGGGACCGGGAGCCACGACUUCCAGAUAUCGAGAUGGGAGGAUACGGAGGGAGGUCAUUGCGCUAG